AUGUCCAAACUCCUCAAGCAACCCGUUAAGCUCGCUCUCGUGCAGCUCGCCACGGGCGCCAGCAAAGCCGACAACCUGGCGCGGGCGCGCAGCAAGGUGCUGGAGGCGGCGAAGAACGGAGCCAAGAUCGUGGUGCUCCCCGAGUGCUUCAACAGCCCGUACGGCGUCAAGUACUUCUCGCAGUACGCCGAGACGCUGCGGACGGGCACGGGCACGCCGCCGACCGAGGACGAGUCGCCGAGCUACCACGCGCUGAGCGCGCUGGCGAAGGAAGCGGGCGCAUACAUCGUGGGCGGCUCGAUCCCAGAGCGUGUGAAGAAGGCCGCUUCUUCUUCUUCUUCUGCUGCUGCAACAACCGAAGGAAAAGACUCGGACGAAACGCUCUACAACACAUCCCUCAUCUUCUCGCCCUCGGGCCAGCUCCUCUCGACGCACCGCAAGGUGCACCUGUUCGACAUCUCGAUCCCGGGCAAGAUCACGUUCCGCGAGUCGGACGCGCUGUCGCCGGGCAACAAGGUGACGCUGGUCGACCUGCCCGAGUACGGCCGCAUCGCCGUCGCCAUCUGCUACGACGUGCGGUUUCCCGAGCUCGCCACCAUCGCCGCCCGCAAGGACGCCUUCCUCCUGCUCUACCCGGGCGCCUUCAACCUCACCACCGGCGCCCUCCACUGGGAGCUGCAGGCCCGCGCCCGCGCCAUGGACAACCAGGUCUACGUCGGCCUGUGCAGCCCCGCGCGCGACAUGGACGCUGAUUACAAUGCUUGGGGCCACAGCAUGAUCGUCGACCCUAACGCUGAGAAGCUGGCCGAGGCCGGCACCGAUGAGGAGAUUGUGUAUGCUGAGCUGAAUGGCGAGAGGAUCGAGGAGGUUAGGAAGGGCAUCCCCAUCUAUGGACAGAGGAGGUUCGAUGUGUAUCCGGAUGUCAGUCAGGGGAAGAUCAGGUUUGAGGAGUAA